GCGCCGUCACUUGCGACCGGCUCCCUGGACCCGGGGAAGGAGGACGCAAGCCCCGGACAGGCGGUGGCUGGCGGAGACUGACCCGGAGGGGCGGGGGCGGCGUGGAGGAGGCGGAGGCCGGCUGCCAGCUCCACUCCGGCUCGGUUACCAUGUCCCGCCAGGCGAAGGACGACUUCCUGCGGCACUACACAGUCUCCGACCCCCGGACCCACCCCAAGGGCUACACCGAGUAUAAAGUGACCGCGCAGUUUCAGGUGCACAACAUAUUGAUUCGACAUUUAUAUUCAUUAUGAAAUGCUCACCAUGUUCAUCUCAAAGAGGGACCCAGAGGAUGUCAAAGAGGUGGUGGUUUGGAAGCGGUACAGCGACUUCCGCAAGCUGCAUGGGGACCUGGCCUACACCCACCGCAACCUCUUCCGCCGCCUGGAGGAGUUCCCGGCCUUCCCCCGCGCCCAGGUGUUUGGCCGGUUUGAGGCCUCAGUGAUUGAAGAGCGGCGGAAGGGGGCUGAGGACUUGCUUCGCUUCACUGUGCACAUCCCCGCGCUCAACAACAGCCCCCAGCUCAAGGAGUUCUUCCGGGGUGGGGAGGUGACCCGGCCCUCUGACAUGUGCAGAGACCUGCACAUCCUGCCACCCCCUCUGAUCCCCACACCGCCCCCUGAGGAUACCUGGUUGCCCCAGCCGCUCCCCACAGAGAGGAGAGGCCUGGAGGAACUGGACGUGCCAGCGGAUCCCCCACCAUCCAGCCCUGCCCAGGAGGCCCUGGAUCUCCUCUUUAACUGUGGGAGCACCGAGGAGGUGUCCGGUUCCCCUGCCCGAGGCCCCCUCACAGAGGCUGAGCUUGCCCUCUUCGACCCCUUCUCCAGGGAAGAAGGUUCAGGCCCCAGUCCAACCCACAUGGGUGAGCUGGCAGCGAUGGAGGCAGAGUCUGAAAGGCUGGACCAGGAACCCUGGGAGCCUGGAGGGCAGGAGGAGGAAGAGGACGAGGAAGGCCGGCCAACCCCUGCCUACCUGAGCCAAGCCACAGAGCUCAUCACCCAGGCCCUGCGGGAUGAGAAGGCAGGUGCCUACCCUGCAGCUCUGCAGGGCUAUCGGGACGGCGUGCACAUCCUGCUACAGGGCGUUCCUGGUGACCCAUCACCUGCCCGCCGGGAGGGUGUGAAGAAGAAGGCAGCCGAGUACCUGAAGAGAGCAGAAGAAAUCUUGCACCUGCACCUGUCCCAGCCCCCCUCCUGAGAGGGAGUGAACCCCUGCCCAGGACUGUAGCCCCAGCACUGCCAGCUACCCCCUUUCACUCUCCCUGGGGCCUUGCCUGAUAUCCUGGUCUUGUAACACUAGGGGUCAUUUCUGUAUGUAACUGGACCAAGAAUGAGACAAAUAAUGAAUUCAGAGCUCCUUGA